AUGGCGUCCAACGAAGGUCGAAUACCACAGCGAUUCCAAACCAUCAAACGAGUCAUAAUCGUGCUAUCCGGUAAAGGGGGCGUUGGCAAAUCUUCUGUUUCAACUCAGCUUGCUCUGAAUCUCUAUAACUCUUCACCAAAUGCUCGAGUCGGUAUUCUCGACGUUGAUCUCACUGGGCCCUCGAUACCUCGUAUGCUUGGUUUGGACGGACAUCCUGUAUACCAGAGCAGUGAUGGAUGGGUUCCUGUUUUUGCAGAUGGUUCAGAAGGUAGACUCUCCUGUAUGAGUGUCGGCUUCCUUUUGAAAAAACGCGGGGACUCAGUCGUUUGGAGGGGGCCAAAAAAGAAUGGAAUGAUUAGGCAAUUCCUCGGCGAUGUCCGAUGGGGAGAGCUUGACUAUCUGAUCAUUGAUACACCUCCAGGUACAUCCGAUGAACACUUAUCUCUCAUGGAACAUCUGGCUCCUGCUCACUCCAAACUGUCCGCCGUCGUUGUGACCACACCGCAAGCAGUAGCUCUUAAUGAUGCUAUGAAAUGUAUAUCUUUUGCGCGAACGGUCAACCUUCCUAUAGUGGGUCUGAUCGAGAACAUGAGUGGAUACGUCUGUCCGUGUUGCGGAGAAGUUAGCAAUGUGUUUUCGACAGGUGGAGGAGAAGCCAUGGCACAUCGGGAAGGUCUGACCUUUCUUGGUAGCCUUCCUGUUGAUACUGAACUCGUUACACUUCUGGAUGCGAGCCCUCCGAAUGGGGAUGCUGCCUCUCAAGCUGAUCUUGGGAAUACGACUUCGUUUCCGCUAAUGCUCCGGUACAAAUCUACUUCAUCCUCGAAACUGUUCGAAGCUAUUCUGGAGAGGGUGCUUAAUUCACCACAGAAUGAUCAAACUACAGGGUAG